CGCUCAUUUCCACUUCCGCCAUUAUCGAUCGGAAUGUACUCUACGUCCUCUACAGUGCAGGGAGCUCCCUCCUAUUGAUCCGUCGUGUCCCGCUUGCUUCGUCAAUCAGUAUGUUUCAAGAAAGUUUCUCCUCCAUAAGAGUCACAAACAAAUCCGUCCAGAAGGCUGUAAGUGAUAACACUUGCAUUCUCAGGCCGCCGCUUUGAGAGGCUGACCACCAUCGUGUCAGACUGGACGCCCAAUAGAAGAAGCUCAACCUUCGAAUCCUCCCAACCACCACCAUUGGCUCUUUCUCACAAACCAUUGAGCUCAGGAGAGUUCGUUGUGAGUACAACGCUAAAAAGUGGGCGGUUUAUAUACUUUUAUAUGGUUUCACACCGGUUUUAUUUGCUAGAUUGAAUGACAGGGAGGGAGGGAUAUGGGGUGUCCAAUUGUGAUACUCCAAUAAAAGUGAUGAGAAAAAGGCAGAAAAGUCGUGCACUUCAAGUGUACGACGAAAUGCUUGAAAGAACAGUUUUGCUGGGUUCAGGUUUUCGCCAUGGCUUGGGGGUUUCCAUUGAAGCUACAGAGGGAGAAAGGCAGAUUGAGUUAGUAAGGAUCUGGCAUGAAUAAUUUAGUCAAAGAUGCUUCCAUGGAUCCAAUCAAAGAGGCUUUGAAACAACGAAUUCUUUCUUUUUUGGCUCAGUUGACUGGUGUAGAGCGUUGUAUGCAUGUUCACAUUUGUUUUGGGUGGAUGUAAUCAAGGAUGGAGAAAGGUAUUCCCAUUCCCAUCCUUCUUAUUUUUCUCUAUUCCAUUCUUCUUUUUCCAGAACCGACACAAUCUUGAUUCCAUUCCGAUUACAAGGUUCUCCUUUGCCUUAAACGUGCAUUAAGGAUCACAAAUGUUGCACAUCAAAUGGAAAAUGUUCCAUGUGGUAGUAGCCCUGUUACUCUCUUUUUUGAAAUACUCAAUAACUAAGUAUUACACUUUUCACUAAAGCCUUCAAUUAACUAAAAAUAUAGGACACUAAUAAUAGAUAAUAAAUACUGAUUGGAAUCUGUGUAAUUUUGAGAAAGGGAAUCCAUAGAUAACAAGUGGUCCAAUCCAAGGGCUGAUAGAGCUGAUCAAAACCGAAAUGCAAAGUCACACAACAACACCUGAUCAAAACUGAAUGCUUUCACUCUUGUUAGACCUGUGAAAAAUGAGAACAAGCUCCAACGACUUAACCAGAUUCCGUUGGGCGACAUGAGGCCAGAGGUUAAAGCGGGACUUGAUGCUUUAACAAGGUUUGUUUUUUAGAGGACUAGGCCCAAGCAAGUGGGGCCCACAGAAACAGUUUGGACCUAUUUUUGCACGUAUCACUCAGUCUUUGCUAGAUGCUCUUAAUAAUGAGUGUUGAAGAAGCAGAUUGUAAAAGGGCAUAUGAGUUGGCUACUGAUCUCUAUGUGUCAGUCUUUGAUCGUACAAAGCCACCUGAGGAAGCUGCAAUGAGAAUAGCACAUGAAGAGGCUGUUCAAAAGGCGAUGUCCAUUUUUAAUGCCAUUGUAGUGGGAUUUGGUUUUGCUAGACAAAAAUACGAAAAACGUUUUCAUAUGUUUUUGAAAAAGACCUUUGAGGAUCAUAAAAAGAAAGACUUAUGUCUCAAACCAAAUUGCCUUAGUUGAGACGCAACGCGAACAAUACGAGGAUAUUCAACAGAAAAAUAUAAGGAUGCUCAACAAAAGAAUGUGGAGUUUCAACAGAAAAAUGUGGAUGUUCAAGCAAAGUUUGAACUUGCACAAGCUUUGAGUGAUUAGGUUAAAACUUUUAUUAAUCAAUGAUAGAAUAUUAGGUAUCGAGUAUCAUUUUAUAUUUAAUUAGUUGCCAC